GAAGUCCAAAGCCGCACACACACAACCCCAAACUCUUAUUCGCACACCCCAAACCACAUCCUCCAGCUCCCUUUUGGAAUACCGAACACGUGUCCGAUUAGUUUGAAGGGUCAUAGGGGGAAUUUUUUCACUAGGAAUGGUAUUUUGGGGUUGUAUCGAGGUGUCUGAAACAAAUCCGAAAAGGACGAAAAGAGCUGGAGCAGCGCCCCUAGAGCUCGGCAACCACGGCGGCCCGAGAGCAGACAGCGUCCUCGUACCAUAACAAACAUGGCGGCCAUCCGAUGAAAGUUGCCCGCUCAUAUGACCCCAUUUAUGACCUCGUGCAACCCCUGUGCCUACUGCAAAGUACCUAAAGCUAAGGGGAAUUAGGGUAGAAGCGUGGAGUAAGGGGAACGAGAGAUAAGUUCCUUUCCUCGCGCGAAAAGGGGCCAAAUGGUGUGAUGUGAACUUGUAUUUCUCUUCCGAUAUCGCGAUGGACUGUGGAAGGAAGGGAGUGACUGACCCAAGGGCGUGACCUGAUCUCGGGAUAUUAUUUUUUAAGUGAAUUGGAGAGAGAGAUAAAGGAAGAGAGAGGAAAAGGAGAGCAAAAGUGUGGCUUCCGGGUGACUUCUUCGGAUUUUACUUCCACUUUGGUGUCAGGAUGGAAGACCAAACCCAGGUGUGAUGGUGGGUGUAGGAACAAGGGGGCCGGCAUGGGCCCUGGGGGGAGCCUAUACCCCUCACCACUCCUCGCUUCUAGAUGUCCUAGGAAGCGAGCCAGGCGGCCCCCCCCUCGAUGGCCCUGCCUUGACUGUGGCACUAGAUGUAGUACAGGCCUGGGCUGUGCUUAUCACUGUUGGCUUCACGCUUGUGCUCUUUGUGUUCCUGGCAUUCUGUGUGUGCGCCAAAAAAGAUGAUGGCUACGAUGAAUACGAGCUGAGCCAGGGGCUGACGACAGUGAAGGUGUGUCAUGAUGGAGGAGAGAAUGGGCUCAGCAGCUAUCCGCGCAUCAAUGGCUCCAACACACCUAAAGGCAGUGAUGAGGCUUCAGAGGCAUCCAGCAGAUGUACUCUGAAGCGGGAAUUGCCAGCUAUCCCAUUAAGCGCUCAUCCAGAUCCAUCAGCUGAGUGCAAUGUGGAACGCACACAGUCACAACAUUCCUCUGAUCUCUAUGCUGCAGUUGGAGAUGUCAAUGAUGCCAGUGGCAUAGCCAAGGUUAUUGGCGGUGUGCAGGUGCUACCCUCUGGUGCCAUUGGGCCUGGGGGUCGAGCAGCCGUCCUGCGUGACCCCAAUGUGACCUCCCCCACUGACUCUAGUGGUCCCACUACCAGUGAUGGGCCUGGAGUUGCGACCAGUGUGGCCGCUGCUCACCCCUAUGCCAAAGUGAAGAAGGAACAUCCCUACGCUCAUGUCAAGCUACCAAAGAAAGAUCAUCCGUAUGCGAAGGUGGUUCGAGAUGAUUCUGAGGACCCUGAAACAGAUACAGAUAAUUAUGAUGACCCCAAAGCCAUUGCCAAAGACAAAAAUAGUGGAUGGGACACUGAGGCUACCUAUGAGGCAGCUCCCCCUGUGCCAGAGAAGCGCUUUGACCUGGAGGAGGAGACGGCUGUGGGAUCAGGUCCUCCUGCAGAUAGCAUUGUUGGGGGAGGAGGCCUCAUGACCACCUCUGUGACCUCAGCCUCCUCUGCCCUUGGGCCAUCAUCCCCCCGGUCACCCCUCCUCAGCGCCCGGGUCUCCAUGACGAGCUCAGCACAUUCCCCUACGUCCCCCCAUAGCACAGGGCCGAGUGCAGAUAGACCCCCCUCUGCAGACAUCCCUGCCGCCAUGGCUAUCUCAGGACGCACCCCUGCCAAUGAGGAGUUGCCUUAUAUGACACCCCCACUACAUCAUGCUGGCAUUGAGCUCCCAGUACAGCAAAACUUUAGCGGAGACUCCCAGGACUCACGAGGCUACACAAGCAUCAGUGUGCGGGAACCCCUGGCUGCCCUUAAAGCACAGACUCAGGGGACAACAGCUACCACAGCAUCUCCAGCUACUCAACCCCAUGAAGGAGAAGGGUACUACAUGACCGUGUCAGAUGACUCGGCUGAUGAGAUGUAUGCUUGCAUAUAUGAAGGCUCAAGAGGCGUGGGAAGUGAAACCUAUGCGCAGAUUGAACCGCGUUCUACCCCACCCCCACCUCCUCCUCCUAUGCCUAGUCCUCCACAUGCGCCUUCAACCCCCUCACCCCUCUCGACUCGAGGUGGAUCCCAACCUCCACCAGCUCCUCCUAGUGUGGAUAGUCUGCGGCAUGUUGUUCACUCACGUCAAGCCUCAUCGAGCAGUGCCGCCAGCACGGUAAUGGGCAGUCCAGGAGCUGAGAAAAGAGGAACGCGGUCUCCCUUGCCACCUCUUCCACAGGGGGACACUAGCCUCUACUCUGGCCCAUCCCCCCAGCCGCCUCACUCACCUCCCCGUGCAGCAGCCCCUCCAGCUGAGAGGCCGACGCAGAGGGCGCUAGAGGAGAUGUAUGCAAAGGUCAUGAAGAAGCAACGCCCGGGACACAGUCGCGGUGAUAGUUCUGGCGGAGGGGAGAGUGAUGCAGGGAGUGUAUCAUCAUCACGACGUGGCUCUGUAGACAUUGGGGGAGCUCGAUGGGGAUCUCAUGCUUCCACUCCCCCCACAACUCCUCGGCAGUCCCUUGAUCUGGGCGCUAUGACACACAGCCUCAUAGAAACGCGUAAUCUGGAGGUCGUUACGAAUAUCAGUAGAGCAAAGUCAUAUGAAGCAGCAGGUGUCUGGGGAGGGGCUGCACAACAUCCUCCGGCACAGCAAGGGGCUCCACCAAACCCAAACUAUGAGACAAUACCUCAGUUGCCAUCAAACUUCUACUCGGGAGGCUCUUCAGAUCCUGGCUAUGAGACAGUGAAGAAUGCGGAGCCCCCAUAUGCGAGUGUGGAGCGACCAGAGGAAACAUACCCUGGGUAUGAGACCUUCAAGCUCACCUCUGAUGUGGAGUCUGAGCCAGGUUACGAAACACUGAAACACCGUGAGUAUGAAGCAGGCUACGAGACAGUCACCGAGAAGAGCAAGCAGCCAAGCUCAGAGCCAGGUUAUGAAACCGUGGCACACGAGGGCAGCCAGGAGGAGGAGGAGCCUGGCUAUGAGACUGUCACUCAUCACCGUAAAGAGGAAGCGGCUGAUCCAGGUUAUGAGAUUGUUAAGGGAAAGACUGGUGUGGAACUAGCAGAUCCAGGCUAUGAGGAACUGCAAGGGGCUAUACAUCAUGCUCGCACCACAUCAGAACAUGACCCAAACUAUGAGCAACUGAAAUUUAGUAGCCGUCGCUCUAGUGAUGGGGAUGCAGAGCCAGGCUAUGAGGUUGUCAAGAAGGUGGAGGCAGAAAGCACUUAUGAAAUGGUGCGUGACUAUGACACCCAAGAAAGAGACCCCACCUAUGAAAAGAUUGACAAGCCGGAUGAGCUCCCAAGCCCAUCAGAAACCCCAAUGUAUGCCAGUGUCAUAAGGAAAGGCAGCCCAGAGAAGAAGGCAGCCAAGGACAAAAGCCCAGAAGUUGAAGAAAUAGGUCCAUCACCUGUAGGGAAAAAGCAGCCUGCUGCAGAAGAGGCUGUAGAUACAAAAGAGGAAGAAAGCAUUCCCCCACCACUUGCCAUGAAGCAACCAUCACCCCCUCUACAGAAGAGCCCCUCUCCCCCUCUAAGGAAAAGCCCAUCUCCUGUCUUGAGAAAGAGUCCUUCACCUCCCAUGAAACAGAGUCCUGAGGAAAGGUCUCCGUUGAAACAGAGUCCUGAUGAAAUGUCACCAAAGAAAAGUCCUGAUAAAGCUUCUGUGUUAGCCAAGAGUCCUGAUAAAGUAUCUCCAGUUUUAGCUAGAAGUCCAGAGAGGGAUUCUCCACCUCUGAUGAAGAGUCCUGUAAAGGAAGUUUUAUCUUCAACAGAGAUUUCUGAAAAGGAAAUGGGAUAUUCAGCUAUAGCCAAGAGUCCUGAGAAGGGAUCACCAACAUUAAUGAAGAGUCCAGAAAAGGAACAAGGGUCUCCUUUGCCCAUUGCUAAAAGUCCUGAAAAAGAAUCCCCGCCAGUAGCCAUGAGUUUAGAGAAGGAGUCUUCAUCUCAAGUAAGAAAUCUUGAAGAGGGAUCUCCUGACUUAACAAAAACUCCUCUUAAAGAAUCUCCAGUGACAAGGGAGAGUCCUGAGAAAGAAUUUGCUCCUCCUAUGCCACCCACAGCACCUAUGCCAAGCACUGAUCUACAGGAAGGGAUUCCUGAAAGACAAUCGUCUGUUGAGAAAAGUCCAGUUGUCCCAGUGUUAACCUCAGUAGCCCAGUCAUUCCCUACUCCAAUUAAGAGUCCAGAGGCAAGCCUGUCCGAUGAUGAUGUAGUAUUAGGAAUGACACCAGACAAGAAAUCUGUUGCUUUUGAUGACAGUCCUGAUAAGACUUUUUCUCCAUCAUCUGACAGCUCAGAUGAGGAAAGUUUAUCAGAAAAGUUCCCCCAGCAAAAGUCUCCACCCAAGUUAGAAAGUCCAGUUAGAGAGCAGUCCAGCCUAGAAAAAGAAGGUCCAGUUCAGCAUCCCUCCUCACAGAGUCCAACCAAAGUAACAGAUCCGUCAGCACAAGAAAGCCAUGUAGAAGCAGAGUCCUUGGUAAGUGAUGUUAAUGAAAAUGCAUCAAUAACAAGUGGUGAUUCAGAGAAAUUCCCUGCACCACCUCAAGUAUCUAGUCCUGACAGAACAUCAACAGCUGCUUUUGAUAGUUUAGGGACCCAGGAUGGUAUCCCUGUACCAGAAACACAGAGUCAGCCCCAGGAGACCAUUAAUCCCCUCUAUAUGGUUGGUGAGAACAGCAACCAGCAGCAGAGUAUGAUGCAGGAGACCAGUACAACGAGUCAGGUGGUUUCUGUAGGAUUAUGUGGUGAUCUUCCACCACCGCCUCCAGUAGAGGAAGAUGAGGCAGCCUUUCCGAAUGACCUGCCACCACCCUUACCGGAAGUGACAUCGUUCAUGCCUUCUAAUGAUACUUUGGCUGAAGAAGCGCCACCUCCACCUCUUGUAUCCCCUUCAGAUGUAGAAGGACUGGAGGAUAUGCUUCCUUUAGCACACAUGGGAUCCUCCUCCUCAGGUAGCACUGCAGGACAACCAGGCAGCAUUCAUGGCAGCUCAGAGAAGGACUCUGAUUCCCCUCAGGAAUCUGAAGAUACUCAGAUGGAAGGCACCAUAGUAGCAGAUGACCUUCCUCCACCCCCAAUGGCAACUACAACAGGGAGUGAACAGGAUUCUGAUGAAGAGCUUGACAAUUCGGUAUCCUCGGGUUAUGAACAUGGCUUUACUGCCGGGGGAAUAACUGUCACAGUGAAUCCUAUGGCAGACAUGGAGGAGACGCAAGAAGCCACUGACAGUUUGCCUCCACCCCCUCCCAGUGAACCCUCUCCUGUUGCCCCACCAUCACCUAUUGCUGUCUCAGCUGUAGUGACCAGUAGUGCAGGCAGUCAGAGUAGCAGUAAUGGAUCAGGGAGCCAAGACACAGGUAGUGGCAGCGUAGAGAGUGUAGUUACGGUAGAGUGUGCUGUGGCUGGAGACCCCAGGGUUCAAGACAGGCAACGAUCCACUGACUCUUCCUCGAGUCCUGAGAGUCGUCAUGUAGAUCCCAAUGAGCAGAUAACAGAAGUAUGAGGCAGCACUGAUGUGCACACAGCAACAGAUGUGGCAUAGCUUUAGGAGUGUAGUUCCCUGUUGCUCAGGUUAUCUUUAAGAUAUACCACAUUGCCUACUAGAUUUGGCAGCAGCUCAUAAUUUUUGCACCAAACUGUAACUGGUAUCUAAUUCAACCUAAGUUGCAGCUAAGCAAUUGUUAGUCAUUUUUUCACAGAGUUAUGUGGACCAUCUUGAUUACACAACGCUACUAUGAUAAGUAACUUUAUUGGUAGCUGUUGGCUGUGAAAUAUAAAUAUCAUAUUUCCAAUAUAGCUAGGAACAAUUUCCCUUGGUAGCUUAAAUGAAUUACUGAUGUCGGUUUCAUGCAAGUGUUAUAACAAAGGACUGGCUUCACAGAGCCUUGUGAAUAUUUCCAGACAUAAAAUAACAAUUUUAAUCUACUUACUAAGAGAUAGGUAAAAAUAUUUCAAUUACUGCCAUUUUUACACCUUGUUAUGUGAUUCUUUUUCCCAACGAGGCAAGUAUAUGUUUAAGUGAAUGAAGGCAUGGAUUUGGUAUUUCAAUUUUUACCCGGUUGUAUAUGGGUGUGUUUGUAAACUAGAUAAACUGAAGUGCUACAGGAGUAAUUUUUGUAGGUGUGGCUCAUGGUAGUUAGUAUGGAUUUAUGUGGUGUGUUCAUGUUAGCCAACAAGGGGCUGCGGCAUCAUGUGCGGUAAUAAAACUUUUGAUAUUAAUCAUGUCGCUCGUGGACAAAAGAAUUGCCAUGAUAAAUUCUGUAUGCAGUUUGUUGCCAAAGUUCCUGUUUUUGUGACAACAGGCAGGUUGAAGCUUUAUAAACUUAACAGUGUUCAGUAUAUGUAAUGGUAAGUUCUAUUUAUGGUACUGUAGGGUUGUAGUCAGCAAACAUGUUUUAAUGCAUAUUUGGACAUCAUUCAACACAGCAUUUUCUCAUCCAGUAUUGAUACUCAGCAGAUAUUAAUCUUUCCAGUGGUUUAAAUGUCAUGUAUAAUUCUUUCAUUUUUUGUAUGCUGUUGAACUUCAUAGUAAUUGCUUUCUUGGAAAAUUUCCAUUGAACAAAAAUUACUGUAUUAUUCACAGGUUACAAAGCCACUACACAUACAGCAAGUUACUAUCUCGUGAUAAUAUCAAACGUUUUUUCAAUGUUUUCUCCUUUGAAUAUGUAUUGCUCUACUCUUUGAAUCUGUUAUAAAAAUAGCUAAGAAGAUGUUAGUCAGUUGUGAUUUCAGUAGACUUCGAGCUAUGCUUCAAGAUUCACAAUCUCAAUCUACAGAACUCUUGUUAACAGUUUGUCACCAGUGCUAUGAUUUAGCAAGUCUUGUCUUAUUCUCUUCUGUUUUUUAGGCAGCCUUUGUAUUGUUGGCUUGAAUGUUAACAGCAUAGCCAGGUUAGGGAAGCUAAACAUGUCUCGUCUGUUGAUGGUUAUUCAUCCAAACAGAUGACAAAGAUACAGCUCUGAAUUGUAUUUAUAAUACCUCCAUGUAAGGGAAUUUUAGUUGUUAACUACCUAACCUUGCUAUGAUUCUGAGUGUUUAUGAUAAAGGCGAGUGUGUAUAUGGUGUUCAGAAAUUUGAGUGUCAACUUUUAUCGACCAGUGAAACCCAGUUGAAGAGUUUGUUGUUUGUUUUAUUGGUUGUUAAGGUAUUUUCAGAUCAUAGAAUAUGUGAUUUAGAGGGUUUAUCAGGUGUAUUUUUAUUCAUUUAUUUUUUACCUACCUUGAAUUAUGGUGUUUAGUCUUUCGUGUAUGAUUUAUAUGAAUGCGUUUGACUUGUUUGUUUAUUGCAAAAGUCUAUUUUGUUACUCGUUACUCAAAUUACUAUGUGGUGGUUUGAAAUUAGAUGAUUUUAUUUAUUAUGCAACAAAUGCAAGGCAGAAAGACCCACAAAGCAUUGUUGUUGCAUAACUGAGGUUUCACUGAUAGAAUGUAGUAUGUGUGCCAAAAAAUCUAAAUGUUGUCAAAUGUUUCAAGAACAUUACUCUUAAAGGCAGCUCCUUGAGGGUAUUGCUCUUCAUACUUUAACUGAAACGAAUUGAAUGUUCCUGGGUGUAUAUAGAUAACAGUGGCCAAAAUUGCAAAGUUCAGAAAUCAGCCGUGAAUGAGGUGAUUGAGAGAAUGUUUGCAGUACCCAGCAGUUGUUAAUAAUGAGCAUUUUAAAUUAAUUGUCCCUUCUCUCCCUCUUCCUCCCUUCCCCUUAGUUUUUUUCUUCCAUAUUUCGUGUUUUCUGUAGUGUGUAUAACAUACACAUACUUAUUAAUAGUACCUGAAUGUAUGAUUUUCUGACCCCAUGGAGAACUGGCACAUGAAAUGAGUUUGAAGAUUUUUUUUCUACUUUUAGAAAAUCUUCCUUGUGGUCAGUGGUUCUAUUGAUGGUGGUUUUCUCUGUGUCUCUGAUGUCAGCUUUAUAUAUGCUACUUUGAGCAAGCUUGAAUAGUAAACAAGGUGAAGCUGAUUUUUAUAUAUAUUUUAGUGUCACUCAAUUCUGUUGUUGCCUUUUUGUGAAUGAACCAAAGCUUCACAUUAAUAGGUUUGUGAUAGUUUGUUGUACUUACUGUUAUUUAUUUAGCAAAUCUUCAUUCUCCAAUAGUUUAAUUGCUGGUGCUAAACACUGAUUCUAGUGCAUGUAAAUAGCUCAACAUCUGUAAAAAAAAUGAUUUUUCUGUUUUUCAUGUCCUGUGCGUUGGAGAUAUUUUAUAUCACUGUUCCUUGAUUUUUUCACUAUUAUUUAUGCUAUAGAGAUUACAUUACCUGUGUUAUUCGUGAGUACCCAUACAUACCCCUCCUUCUCUUUGCAUGAAUGUCUUGUGUAACUUUUUUCUGAUUUUUAUGCUUUAUCUCCCUUCGUUAAAAAAAACUGUCAUUCUUACUUUUUACGUACUGCUUGUAUUAUUAUUUUAGUGUGAGAGUUUUGUAGUCAUUACUGCGUUUCCAACUUGCCUCUGUAUCCAAUGAAGAGAAGUGCAAUUGGAGUCAUUGAAUUGGUGUUGCCCAAUUAGCUAGCUUGGAACCAAAGAGUAACUUUCCAUAGAAUAUUCUGCAUCAUUAUUGCAAUAGAGAGAGAGAAAGAGAGAGAGAGAGAGAAGAAAAAGUGACUAGUUAUCUGAGGAAUGUAAUGCAGCAUAUAGCAGUGGUGACUUUAAUACAAUGAUUUGCAUACUUUUAUAUUUUCUCUUUUGAUAUAUUGAUUUAUAUACUUGUAUUCUCCUUUCAUUUUUACGUUUUUCUUCUUGUAAACAUCAGUGACUUAUAUAUUCUUUUAAAGUAAAAAUUUAGUGACCUGUAUUCUUUUUUCAUUUAUUUUUCAACUUAUUUUGUUUUCUUUUACAUCGUCAGUGCAAUAUAUACGGUAUAUAUAUACAUAUACAUAUAUAUUUCAUAUGUUCAGUCUCUGCAGCUGAUACCUAAUUCAAAAUUGCAGUCUUCUGAAGUUCAAAUUCACUAGCGUGGAUGUGGUUACCUUGUGAACGUAUUCUGAAAGGUAGUGGAUGAGUGGAUAGAGUGCUGUGGAUGCUCGGUAAAUAUUGUUAGAUUUUUUGAGGCAGGUAUUCCUAAGCUUGAUCAAUAUUUAGCACCUUUAUUCCUCUUUAGUUGAAGUUGUUUUGUUUGUUUGUUCCUUUUUCUUUUCUUUAUUUUUUGGUUUUAUAGGCAAGAAUGGCAGUGUUUUUCUAUCUUUGAACUUGGUUUUUCAACCUGCAGUUUUAAGUAUCUUGAGCACUUUGCAUAUUAACUAGAAAGAAGUUAAUAGCAUUGUAUUUUAGAAAUAUUGAAGAAAGUUGGGAAGCAGCCACUUUUUAAGACUUUAAAUUUUAUUUAUUGAUUUCUUUUUAGAAAAAAAGCUAAUUGCUCUUAAAGUAUGUAUAUUGCUGAACAAUCCAUGUGUAAGGAAAUAAAUACCUUACACUUUUUUUCUUUUAUUUUUGACUUGCAGAUAGCUUCCUGCUUUCGACUCAUAGAAUUGAAAUUAAGUGGCUAGCUUGCCUUUCUUUAGUCAUACUGAAACGUAACUUGCAAUAGUUAAUGACUAGGCAAUAGGUAUUAGAAUAUCGUUCAAAUCAACUUGUCUGAAAGAUAAUUUGUUGUGUGUUUUGUGAAAAAAGUAAAAGUUUUUGGUGCAUUUAGGUAAAGAAUACUCUUAAUAUUGAAUCAAGAAUCUCUGGUAAAUGUUAACUGUAGUGAUGAAAGCAAAAACCAAAAGAAAAAAAGAAAAAAAAAAAAAUUUAAGGAACAAGUUCUUAUUGCAUUUACUUAUGGUAAGCAUCCUUUAUUACCAGUAUCUCCAAAAAGCAAGGUCACAUUUCAGCCUUUUUAAAGAUAACACAAGUUCCAUAACCCAGUGUUCAAGCGUGGUAGGAAGUGAGAGGUCUUAGGGUGAACGCUCCUAAGGUAGGAAAAGAUCAGGGAUAUCUUACAUGUUGUUUUGUGGUGCGUGUGUGUGUGUGUUUCUUUUGAUAGCUGCUGAGUCGGCAUUUUUCUUUUUUUUGUUAAAUUUUGAAUAUUUUUUUAUAUUUGAUAUGGUAAAGUUUCCUAGUGACAGUACUUACUGUUUUCCUUUCUUUGUUUUUUUUAUUAUUGAUAAUUUUAUUGUAUUUUUUUUUUUAUCAGAUUUCCAUUAAUUAGUGUAAAUAAGUGAUUCAUUGCAUUUAUGCAUUUGACUUUAGAGAAGCUUACAGAGUGUUUCAUUUUUUUUUUUAUAUGUUAUGUGUGUACUUGUGAGCUGUUUUCAUCUUUUAAGUACAGUGUUUGUAAACAACAAAACCAGUUAUUUAUUCUUGUUAUGUAAUAGCAUACUAUUUAUUGGUUGAUUUAAUAUCUCAAAGAAUAAUGGAAUCUCCAGAUGGGAUAUGACUAUAAUGGUGCAAGCAAAGUUCACAGUUGCUAGUGCUUGAAGUUCUAGAAAAUAAAAGUCUCUUUCCAGGUACACAUUAAACAAAUGUUACUGUUUUGUCUAUUCAAAGUCUUAUGCUUAGCCACAAAUGAAUCAAUAAUAACUUGAGUAGAAAUACAGGAAUCUGUAAUUUAUGCUUCACCAUAUUUUUAUUAUUGUUAUUGAUAUUAUUAUUAGUCUUGUUAGUGUGUCAUUAUUAUUUUUUUACAGGCUACUGAUUACAUUAAUUUACUGUAGCUUAUGCAGAUCUCUCUAGACACUAUUGUUGCUUCCUUUAAGGUUUAUUGUUCACUUUCCUGUAAAUUGGGAUUUUCUUUAUUUCAACAUUGUAUAAGUUACUGAGAAAAAAACUUUUAUUAUAUUUUUGAUUGACUUUAAUCUCUAUCUCAGAUCAUUUCUGAAUGUAUAUGAAUACAUUUUUCAUACUCUGUGAAAUGUUCUCUUUCUCCUAUAUUUCAUUUUAUCUUCUAAAUAUUGCCUAUUUUCUUUUUGCAAUUGUGGAAGGAAUCUCAGAAUUGUUGGGUCUUUCGUUAUUUCAACUGAUCAAUAGGUUAGUGUCACGCGACGACUAACUCCACCACUUUUUCCUUCGCAUCAAUGGUAGCUGAUGGUAUAUGCAUGCAUCAUGGAGAUAUCCUCAUCAUGAGAUGCAAUAUGCUUUUCACCAUCCUUCACAGCUCAGCUUUAUGUGUCCGUUCAGCCACAUGUGCGCGUGCGUGAGUGUCUCUCUCAAGAAUUAGUGACGCUUAUUUCUCUCCCAGUGCACCUUCUUUGACAAUUGUGUAGCACAAGAGAGUGGAGGUUUUGUCAUUAUGUGAGAGAGUGACGCACCUCUUGUGGUCAGUAAGCUACUACUUACACAGUAAAAAAGGAUUAUAGUAA